UAGCUUUAUGCAAAUUGCCUCGAAGCUCGAGUAUUUAUAACGCCGCGUUUGUCACUUCGAAGUUAUAACAAAGUUCAGACGAUCAUACAGAAAACAUCAACAUUGUUGAAGAAUUUUUAAACUUGGAAAUAAUGGCUUUCUCAAUUGUAAGUAUAUAUAUAUAUCAGUACUGUAGCUAUAUAUUCUCGUACACUGUUAUAGUGUAAUAUUAUAGGUAUAGGUUUUGUAAGGUAGGUAUAGGUAUAGGUUCGAGGGUAGAUUUUAUAUUUUAUACUAAGGCAAAAUCAGCACGUACAUGGUUGUCAACCAUGCAGCUUGUAUAGCAAUAUCAAUUGUAUUGUGUCAUUGGAAACAAAGUAAUAUUGAUGAAAUUGACAAAUAUAUACUCUAAUAUUCUUGCUUCAAUAUUGAUAUAUGAUAUUAACAUGCAGCUUGUAAGGUGAACAGCACCUAUAACCAUCACCGCUCUGGGAAACAUUUCUAUAACAUCAAUACGAAUAUAAUAUCAGUACGAUAAAAUGGUAUCUUACCUUUUAUAGUUUGUCAGGAUUUCAUCAUUCUUGUUUCGUAUUUUUCGUAGCAUAUCUACAGUAAAACGAAAGGAAUUUAAAGAUUUUUGAAACAAAAAAACUAAAAGUACACUAAUUCUUAAGAGUAAGAACCAUAUUCCUUGUCAAGUAUAUUGGUCCAGUGUCCAAGACAAUAGUUCUGACGUGCAUUUGAGGACAAUUACAUCGCAAUUGAUCGUGUGUAUAUUUCGUUGAACUAACGUACAUAUAUUUGCUCAAUUUCUUUAGACAAAGGGUACGAUAGAAUACAAUAUUGAAACAAAUACCGCUAAUAAAACUAAUCUCAUCAUGCGAAACAAUGUCGUGAAAUCCGACGGAGACGACGCUGCCGAUCCAGCAGGUAAAACGAUGUCUCUUUAUCAUACCUAAUUUUAGUGUGCAGUGAUAACCAAUUUGUGCAGUAAUAAAAGUAAAAUGUGCAGUGAUAAAAUGUAAAAUGUGCAGUGAUAAAAUUUGCUUUGAUAAGUUGUUAAUUAACACAAGAGAAUGAUUCAAUUGAAAUUGAAAUGAUGACUGCCAAAUUAGCGAAUUAAAUAAUAGUAUAUGUUUUUUGCACGAAAAUCAUGAGAUUCAGGCAAUUUUUAGUUAAUAUCUGGCUUUUGGUAUGUCCGCCAAAAAAUUGGGGGGGGGGGGGUCGCCAAAAAUUUCCGAAUAUUCUGAAAUUUUCUUAGUCAUUCGGAAAUUUUUGGCAUAAAAUGUGCAGUGAUAAAAAAUUCUUAAAAUUAGGUAUGCUCUUUAUAAUAUGACGAAACUAGUGCACAACAUGAACGUUCAUGAAUGUACAAUCGUUUUCAAAUGUACGUGUUGGGAUACAUAUCCCCAGACCAGGACAUGUGGUCAUCACGCAUGUACUUUGAGAUUAUAAACUAAAAGGCGGUUAGGUCCUUCACCUCCAGGGCCGUAGGAAGCUCUUUUCGAUUGGGGGGGGCUGAAAGCGAGGGCCGAAGGCCCGAGGAAAUUUUUAAAUUUAGAGUCUCUAAAAUGCCAUUUCCUGGACUUUGGGGGAAGAUUUAACAGAAUUCUGAUAGUCAGAAAACAGCGUUUUAGUAUGUCGAAAUUUACAGGAAAGUAUGGGCCAGACUGUAGUAUUAUAAAUGCGCGGCGGGAAUUUUCGUCGUAAAUGGCAGUUGCGCGGAAAUGAAGGCAGAACAUUUGAGAAAAUUUCGAAAAUCUGGAGUCUCUAGAUGGUCUGAAAUGGCAUUUUUCAGAGUUUUCUUUCGCAAGACCCAACACGCAAAAGACAAAAUAAAUCAUUAGUUCAUCAAAAAUGUGCAGAUUUUGUGGGAUUUUCUUUGAAAAUGCGCGACAGAAAUUCAGCUAAAAUUUCUACGCGAGGAACGAUCUGGAGUAUGAGUAAUAUCUUCAUUCUUUGCAGUUUGUCACAGAUUAAAUGAUAAAGUUUGCAUGAUUUUGAAAAAAGAAUGAUUAUUAGCAAAUUAUUGGGGGGGCUGCAGCCCCCCCAGCCCCCCCCCCCCGGUUGCUACGGCCCUGACCUCAUCACAUGAUUGUCAGAAAUAAAUUAAAACUAGAUUAGGAAGAUUAAUUAAUCUAGGUUAAUUAUAUAAUAUGGAUUAUAGCCAGAUAUAUACAAAAUCUCAAAUGCACGCAGGCCGUCACUCCAGGAAUUAAAUAAGUUCGUAUGUGCCUACAUGAGCCACAAUUUUCAAAUGCAAUCUUUUGUUUUGCAGCCCAAUUCUUUGUAGAUACUGGAACGGACAACGUGAAUGCAAAUAAUUUGCUCUAUCGUUUCCGACCAGUCAGUCAACCGAACAAAUAUCUUGCCGUGUCAGGAUCGAAGAUCAUUUUAAAGGUAAAUAUAGGAUAAUGAUGUUAAGUUAUAUAAUGUUGAUUGGUAUGUUUGCCCACUUCACACGAGCCAUGCAUGAUACACGUGCUCGAAGACUAAAGCCUAAGGAUCAGUUUUUGAUAGGGCAGGAAAAAUGUAAAGGCGCCCAUUUUUUCCACUCAGGAAAUUUUCCGCAGAAAGAAAAUUUUGUAAGAUGCGAUUGGCCGACACAAAUUUUCCGUCGGAAAAAAAAAUUUUGAAGUUGAAAAUUUUCAACUUUUAACAAUGAUAUUUUCGGAAAAUUUUCUGUCGUGGAAAUUUUUCUUGAGUGGAAAUGGCCCUUAAGAGUUUAAGAUUGAAAACGAGGCUAGCCAGUCUCCUUUGUUAUAAAACAUAGCAGACUGAACUCCAGGCGGGCCGGUUGUUCAAAGUAAAUCAACUUUAACCUGCUGUUUUAGAUUGUGUAUUUCUGCACGUCUGUUUAUUUCAAAACUUCACUGAGAAACUCCUAUCGAUCCAAACAAGAUCUCCGAAGAAAUAUUUCCAAAUUUAUAGACAAGCUGUCAGGAAGUUUGCUUUGAAUUUUAGGUUAAUGGUUCAUGAAAUUAAUUUUGAGAGAAAAAGUAUAUCACGACCAUUUUUCGAAUCGCGAUCUAUGGACUGUAUGUAAAGGUGUUUAUCACACUAAGUAAUGAAUGUUUUUCCCGUUUAGGAUGUUCCAAGUACAACCACACCGACUGAUAGUUCACACGAUUUUUAUGUUUCUGCUGUCCCUCAAAACGGCAACUAUCAGAAGUACUUGUACAGAUAUUCCGCGGUAAAUAAUCUGCUGUACAUAAGUACUGACGGCAACGAUAAUGUCAUCUUGGCAGGCGACUCGCCAAAGGCCUGGUUACGACUGCGUCAAGCUCCCAUUGGGAACACGACGGUGGUGACGUUAACCGCAAGCGUGGAAGAUUGCUUCGAGGGAUUCCAGUAUUCUGAGAAAAUUUAUAGUGGGGCAACUAAUUCCAGUGCAACCGAUCAGGAAGGGUCGUUUUAUGGAAAAGUGGUCGUCAGUGAACGAAUAAGCGUCUCUGAGGAAUAACACGGAUGCUAUGAACAUUAUAAAUUAUUUAGCUGAUAUGAAAGAUAUAUCAGUGGAACUAUAUUAUUAUACUAAGUUAUUCUAAAAUAAGUUAUUUCAAACAAAUAUUUAUUUGUAUAAACAUAUAUAUUCAUUAUGUGAAAUAAUUUUCCAGUAAUUUAUAUCAAAAUCAUGUGAAUGUAGGUGUAUCUAAUACACGAUACAUUAUAUAUAUAUAUACAAUUGUAUUAGUAUUUAAUUCUAGUUAAUAAGAUAAUCAUGAUGAUUUCACAAAUUAAAUUUGUUUAUCAACUCAUCC